AAAAUUAAGUGUUAAUGGCUGGCUUACACAAUUGUUGCGAUCAAUAUAAAUGGAUUCUGCCGACAGGGCGUACGGUUCCAGGAAAUUUGGACGAUACCGAAUCCUUUUUCUGUCCGUCACUUGUUUGUUUGGCUUUAAAGUCAUCUAGAAAGCCAUAGAUCAGAAUCAGAUCUUCCUCAUACCAGUUGAAGAGAAGAGAAGAGAAUGGAAGGGAACGCGUCUGAUAGGCAAAGUAUUGGGUGAGGAGGGGGAAAGCUGGAAGUGGGAUCCAUCAUGCAAAAAUAAAAAAUCAAAAGAAAACAGUUGUACGGCUAAUUACAGCAAAAAAAUGGAAAAAUACCAACAAAAAACCCUAAUCUAUCAAUCCGGAACAAAAAUUCUGUUUCUUCUCUAACAGUCUCUUUUUAUAGCUAAAUGGGUCCCAAUUUCUUAACAGAUAACCCAACACUUCACUCCCAACUUCCAUAUCUUUCCUUUCUCGCUCAAAUUUCAUUCACUCAGUACACCAAUCAUUCAACAUCAAACUGAUUUUUUUACAUCGUGAUCUACCUAGUUGAUCUCUGUUGCUGUACGGUUUUCACUUUUUUAAGAUGAAUUUCUGGUUAUGGUUAAUCAAUUACUUCAAUUUAUCGAUUGUUGGAGAGUUUCCGAUAUCAGCUUGUAUUUGGUGUAAAAAGUUGUGAUUUUGAGGAGUAUAAGUUUGGGUUGAUUAGGAUUUGAUAGAAAACGUGGAUUUUGAGGUGCAUUUGGUUAAUACUGAGGAGUCAUAGAUGUCUUUCAAGAGUAUAUUGCAAGAAGUGAAGGGUGAGGCGGGGAACAUAUCUAGGAAGGGGUUUGAUGUAAAGUUUGGAUAUGGAAUGCGAUCGAGGUCGCAUCGAGUGUUUCAGGAUAGUUAUGUUGUGGUGAAUGCUUUCAGGCAAAGCUGUUGGGCUAACAUGCCGCCGGAGCUCUUAAGGGAUAUUUUGAUGAGGAUCGAGGCUUCUGAGAGUUCUUGGCCUCAUCGCAAAAAUGUAGUUGCGUGUGCUGGUGUUUGCAGGAGUUGGAGGGAAAUUGUGAAGGAAAUUGUAAAAACCUUGGAAGUUUCUGGCAAGUUGACGUUUCCCAUUUCCUUGAAGCAGCCUGGGCCAAGGGCCACUCUUCUACAAUGCUACAUAAAACGGAAUUGUGGCAACCAAACAUAUUAUCUAUAUCUGAGCUUGAAUCAAGCAGCUUCAAAUGAUGAUGGUAAGUUCCUUCUUGCUGCAAGGAAGUGUCGACGCCCUACUUGCACUGACUACAUUAUCUCAUUGAACUGUGAUGAUGUGUCCAAAGGGAGCAGCACUUACAUAGGAAAGUUAAGAUCAAACUUUUUGGGUAACAAGUUCACAAUCUAUGAUGGGCAGCCUCCAAAUGCUAGAGCCAGAGUGACUAAGUGUCGCUCCUCCAGGCUAGUUAACUUGAAAGAAAUCUCCCCUAGAGUUCCUUCUGGCAACUAUCCUGUUGCCCACAUUUCAUACGAGUUGAAUGUCUUGGGUUCUAGGGGUCCAAGGAGGAUGCAGUGUAUCAUGGAUGCCAUUCCUGUCUCUGCUAUUGAACCAGAGGGAGUGGCCCCCACACAGACUGAAUUUCUUUACAGCAGUCUGGAUGCCGUCUCUUCCAUUUCUUUUUUCAGAUCAAAAUCAACCCGCUCGGAGAAUUUCCAAUCUGGACCAUUGACUGGCCAGAAGGAUGGAAUGCUAGUGUUAAAAAACAAAGCCCCGAGGUGGCAUGAACAACUCCAGUGCUGGUGUCUAAACUUCAAUGGACGGGUAACAGUUGCAUCAGUUAAGAAUUUUCAACUGGUUGCAUCCUUGGAAAAUGGAGCUGCUGGCCAGGAGCAUGAGAAUGUUAUUUUACAGUUUGGAAAAGUGGGAAAAGAUGUGUUCACCAUGGAUUACCAAUAUCCAAUCUCAGCUUUCCUGGCAUUUGCCAUCUGUCUUAGCAGCUUCGACACUAAGAUUGCAUGCGAAUGACUGGCAAGCAGGCAUUGGCGAAUGUAAUAGAAGUUGGUCAGAAAACCAGUCUAGUUCCACUGAAAUUUGGAGCAUUUUGCUGAUAGAUAGUUUGAUGUUUGUUAUUUCAUUGCCCUGUGAGCAGUUAGGUUUUUUGUUUUAAUUUUUCCCCUGUACAUAUAAUAAUAAUUGUUGUUAUUAAAGUGAAACGUGUUUAGUUGGGCGCUCGCUAACACAUUUCAGUACAUCCAUCUGAUCAUUUUGUGUGAGAAAUUAGAAAACAGAAGAUCUUGUAAGUUCAUUUUAUCAUUGAACGUAUUGGUUAACCUUUCCUGUCAA